AUGCAAUCGUGAAGACAGAAAGAGAAUCAACCGAGGAAGAGGGGUAACUAAAGCUAGUCAGCUAUCCUAUGAGCAACACCUUGAUGAGUUUUUUGUGUAGAAGAGCUCCAUCAACGACGAUCCCAAUUCUCCAACAUCCGGUUUCGUUUUGGAGGAGCUACUGUUCACCCCCAUCCUCCUCCUCUAAUGCCUCGAAUAAAAAACUUUUUGUUGGGGGAUUGUCAUGGUCGGUCGACGAGAAGUCCUUAUCAGACGCCUUCUCUUCCUUUGGGGAGGUCACUGAAGUCAAGAUAAUAUAUGACAAAGACUCCGGUAGGUCUAGAGGCUUUGGGUUUGUUCAGUAUUUGAAGGAAGAUGACGCCCUAAGUGCAAAAGAUGCCAUGGAUGGAAAGGCAUUGCUGGGUCGACCUUUAAGGAUAAGUGUGGCUGUUGACAAAGCUCGUGGCGGACCUGUUGUUGUUCCUCGCCUUUCCAACACGGCAAUUGGUGCCGGGAAUGAUGCUUGAAUUCCCAUAAGAGGAGGGAAAGAUUUAUGAGUAGUGAUAACUAUAAUGAUUUCUUCUACAUAAGCUAAGAUAGUCAAAAUGUAUUGGUCUUCUUCAUUUCUUUUCUUUCUUUAACUUUUUAUGGUUGAUUAUAUGGAAAGGGAGAUUGGGAAAUGUCUUCUUAAUCUGAAGAUUGAGAACGACAUAGCAUAGUUUGUGGUUGGACUUAUAAAUAUGUAUCCAUGUGUAACUACUAGUUCAUAUGCAAAAUGAUAUAUGAACAUUAUACAUGAGAAUAAGAUUGUACCCCGAUUUUUUUUCUUUUUUUAUAA